GCAUCGAGGACAAUAAUCGGAAGCACUCGGCAGGCGCCUUUCGUAUCCGCACUGCGCCCGGUGCAUAUCGGGCGCCGUGGUGAGAGGGCUGCGCCGGAUCGAGUGGAGGGAAAGGGGCGCGCAGCAGGAAGCUGGCACAGCUGCGCCGCUUCUCGCGACGCGGUGACGCCGCAGCGCUAUCGCCCAUAUGUUGCGUGCGCGCGCGCUGUCAUGUGAGCCCGCGGAUACUGCGCGUGACUUCCAGGGGAAUGCCACCACCCGCAAGACAAGGACCCCCGGAUGGUGAAGCGCCGUCUCGGCGCAUGGACCAGUUGUUUGCAUUUCAAAUCACCUCAUGCUGUCAACCUUCGCUCAGUGGAAAAUCUAUUGUUUGCGGAGAAGCCACGGACACAACAUUUGCUAACGUUUCCAAUGUAAUCAGAAUAAAUCACUCACAGGUCAGUGUUAACUACCCGACCAUGGCGGCCACCAGCGGCGGGCCUCUGGAGACAAAGCGCUGCCUUCGGUUGUCCCUUGCCUGGCGGCUGUACCUGUACGCACUUCAUGGCUACUUCAUCGAGGUCACCUUCACCGCCUUCUGGGAUCUGCUGGUGUAUGGAAGCCUCGAGCUGCGCGGCUUCAGCAGUGUCUGGAGCCUUGCCAUCUACUCCAUUUCCUGCAUCGCCAUGGAAAAGAUCAACAGCUUAAUGCAAAGGCGGUGGCUUCUCGCCAGAGCGCUGGCUCACACUUGCUGGAUUUACGCCUGGGAGUUCACGACGGGCUCUGUGCUGAGGUCUAUGGGGUCGUGUCCCUGGGACUACCGGGACUUCCGGUACAACAUUUACGGUUUGGUGACACUUGAGUACGCGCCACUUUGGUUCUUUUGCGGACUGCUCUUCGAACUGCUCCUUGCGCCCAACAUGAACAGACUGGUGUGGAUGUGCGAACAAGCCGAAUCUGUAGUGGACGUGAGGGACGGCUUUGCCGCAGCCGCAGCGAGGAACGGAUACAUCGCGUGGAAGAGACAAUAGGGAGCUUUAGUUUGCAUGCGUGAAUGGCCUAAAAAGCGGCUGAUGCUAGUGAAAUGUCUAUGCAGCACGUAGUCGUUAAAACGCAACCAUUCAGUCUUUUGGUUCAACAAGAAUGCACAUGCAAUACGAGAACUAUUCUAACGCGCUGCAGUUCAACAAAACGUCACAAGUUGUCGCUAACAGCGUUGUUGCUGUCGUUCACAUGUCUGGUAAACCGGUGUUCUGUGGCGAGUAAUACGUUUACGGGCAAGCAAAAACUCUCUAUUAAUCAUAACAAUCUGUUCCGCAGGUGAUGCUAGGCUGAAACAUACAUGGUUCACGUCACCAGCAAGGUCUUUUAACGCGACAGCGUUAAGGAACCCGUGCCGCAGAAAAUCCGGCGUUGGCGUCCAGCGUCGGACGUCGUGUCGGCAGAAAUAAUUUCAAACCACACAUACCCAGGUCCUCCAUGUGGCGCAAGGAAGUUACCGAACUAAUUGAAUUUCUCAAGCUAAAAUACGUAGAAAUAUUAUAAAGUAUGACUUACACAUAACCUACAGACAUGAUAGCGUCGGAGUGUAAUUUAAAUAUGCGAGAAAACAUCAUACUGAUGCGCGAAUACCCAAACGAACCUCUUUACCAACGUUUUUACCAUUCAUGAAUCGGCCGCGGCGUCCGCCAAUUUCGUGCGCCGGCGCGCGAAUAUCUUGGAGGCCACGGAGCGGCACGCCCGGUUCCUUGCAACACCUUCCGAUGGCGCUCUCCUCCGCCUCAUCGCGGCCCACGCAAGAGGCCGCGUUUCUACCAGAAAGCCCACCUUAGUGCAUAGCGUUUGCCGCCAGCGUUUCCCGGUGACAUUACGGUUACAUACACUGCAGUUGCUGGGAAUCGUGAUAAGCAGUCAGGGAUAUUUGAAUGCUAUCACGUUCCACUCUUAAAGGCGAAGCUGAAGCGUCCCCCAAAUUUUUCUCCACGUUUCACGCUGGUGCGUUGCCCUUUGGAACUCUUCUAGAAGAGUGACGUUUUUACUUCAAAUCAUCCCUAGCGUUAUUACUGGUUCGUAAAACCGCUUGCCUAAUGCUUAUUGCGUUUAAGUCUCAUACCGAAAAAAAAUCAAUAAAAGAAACAAUAGCACACCGAAAUAUCGAAGGCACAGCUGCAAUUCGCCGAGUGCUUGAUAGAUGGCGUCACAAUACUGCACCGCAGCAAUACAGACGCUUCAGCAAGACGGGUGUUAUCUACGCCUUGCUGACGAAAGUUCCUCCGCAUGUGAGGUGAUGCGGUGAUUGAUAAGCAAGAACACGUACGCCAGCGGUGCAUGCACAGUGUGGAAUACCUGACGUUAUUAUAGCACGUCGUUUGAGUGAGAGCUUAAAGGGAACAGACGGACAGACAAUGAACUUUUAACGCGACAGCGUUAAGGAGCUCGUGUCGCAGAAAAGCCGGUGUCGUCGGCGUCGGUGUCGUCGUCAGCGGCGUUGGCCGUGAGCAAUAAACCCCAGAAGGCACUUCAUAAAUAAAAAAACACCUUGCAAGAUGGGCUGGUGGGAAUCGAACCAGGUUCUCCGGAGUGGGAGACGGAGACGCUACCACUCAGCCACGAGUUCGUUCAUUCAAACGGGCACGAAAUCGCCUCUAGUGAAUGCGGUGUUCCCUUUGAAACGAGCCGUAGAAAGUUAUACUGCGGUGUAUAUCGGUAAUUAUGACCAUGUAACUUACAGAAGUCGCAGUUUCACGAGUAGCGAAGUACGUUUUCGCUACAUUUCUUCUGCGCUCUGCGCACACGCAGAGCCAUCUUGCGGCAAACACAGAAGACCCCCUCCUCGCAAUGUACGGCUCUGCCCCGACACGUGGCGCGCCACUCGCCCCAUGAUCGCGUCCGCUUUCAUGGCUUGUCGGGGCCCGGCUAUCUGUGCCGAUCGCGACGUUUGGCUGGCGUAGCGUGUUUGAGUAGGCGGUGCGAACGGGGUGCGAUAACGCUAUCGCGUUCCACUCUUCAAGGCGAAGCUUAAGCGUCCUGCAAUUUUUGUUUUGACUUUACCCAUCGCCGAUUCCACGUCUUCAUAGAAGCUUUCGACUUCCUGGUCAUCAUGACUGGAUGUGAAAUUUUUUUUUAUAAACCGCUGGGCUGGCAAACCCGAAAUAUAUAUAUAAAAAUGCCGAUCACACGCACCGUGGGAUUUGUUAUGAGCGAAGCCUCCUGUGAUUGAUUAAUGUGGUGAAUUGGGUGUGCUGGUACAUAUUUGAAAAAGCGGCAGCGCAAAAAAAAAAAAAGGAAACCGACGGAUACGAGACGACAAGGACGAGAGCUGUGCUGGUUGCUUUGAUUGACGAUAGUUAGUAAUGAUGUACACUUCGGUUGUUUAUUAUUUUCAUCGUUUAGUGCCAUACGAGAAUGGUGAGUUGAUGUUAAACGUACUUUGCGUGCACCAUUCCUGUUUGUCUGCGUAGCACACAGAACACUUAUGGCGCCAUAUUUCCUUGAGGCGUUGUUGUGCGCCAUUGUUCAUAACUUCUGAGAGGGUUGAGCAUUGUCAUUGCCUCAUAUGGCACAUCGCAUCGUGGCAGAAGUGUGAAGCCUUAAUUGAACUAUGGGGCUCUUUCACAAUUUCGUUGCAGUGGUUGUCCGUGGAGCAGCCACCGCGCUCGACGAGGAGCACGGUGACGAGCCAAUCCGAUGUGCUGCUCAUUGUUUUCAAUGUCGAGUAAUCGGCACAACUGAGCUACAGCAGCUUCGCCCCCCUCACCCUUUACCUGGAAGUUUGCACGUUAGCUAGUUGCAUUCACGUUCAUGUGACGAUCAAAGUUGAAAGUUGCGCUUGAGAGGCACGGUUGCUGUCAACGAUAACCGUCACUAAGGCGCCAAUUAUUACGUGCUUGUAACAGGCCUGGUAAUCGCGACUUCAUCUACGGCGCGACAUCUGGCGCUAAAGUUAACACUCCAGAGUAUACUCAACGCAAAGCACUUUUAAUGCGAAACCAUUAUAUGCCACAUUACGCGAAAGUCCAGCGUCGUCGUCGUCGUCACCGAAUGAUGGUGCCAAAGUCGCGGACGGCGCAAAGAGUAGGAAAAUUACACGACAAAAAUGUUCGGAUGGACGUCAGAUUUCUCAGGGGGGGGGGUCCUAUUAACAAAGUAGACUAAUGGCUUUCACAAUAUAAUUUGGUACAUAUCGGACUGGGUGGGGGUCGAGCCCGGGUCUUCGGGGUGCGAGACGAGCACGAUUCCCCGACGCCACGGCGGCUCUGGUUCACUAAAGGUGUGGCCUACAGUGCGUGCGCCAUUGGUCACGUGACGGCGCAGCCAAUAGGGAGGAGGCGGCUUCACCUCGUGGGAUGAGUUUGUAAAAUGAGUGCGCUGCUUCCCACGCGUCACUUGCUCUUCGGAUUUUAUCGGCGCUGUCUCGACGGACUCUGAAGCGUCUACCUCAGCGGCAGCUCACGAAACUGUGGCCAACGUAUACGGAAGUACAUACGCCGAAUCAGCAGAAAUAACUUUGACGAAAUAGUUCUGCGGAAGCCCCGCAAGAUGGAGAUAGGUAAUUAUAAAGGGGUAAUUAUAAAGCGGCUGCCCCGGAAAGGCGGUGGUCCCGGGUUCGAGUCCCGGACCAGCGACGAAUUUUUCUUCGACUGCGAGGCUUUUCUUUCGAUCAACCCGUAUGGCUUUUCUUUGUAGCAAUUGCUACGAACGGGUGGAUGUCUAAUUUUCGUUUCAUUAGAAAUAACUUUAAUGCACGUCGAAAACGUUUCACCAAAGGGACUAUAAUGCUUUCGCAAUCCCACACAUAUGCAGUCUUAAGUGUCUCUGUCGAAUAUUCAUUUUUUUUUGGUUUCAUGUAGCAGUUGUGUAGGCAGAUCACGUAGGUAGAUCAUAUUUUCUUAUUGCUGCAUUAUUUACAGCAAAACCAACUAAAUAAUUAUCAUGCAAAUAUCUGCGUUGUACAGUUUGGCUAUACAUAAUGUAGUAUUUACAACAAAAGAAGAAUAGAACGCUACAUGAAUGCUAAUUAUUAAGAUACAUACUUUAUUAUUGCGCUAUGUACCAUAAGGCAGCGGCAAGAAAGCAAGGACAUUCGUUUGUCCUUCAUUUCCUCUCCUUGCGUCAUUUCGUAUACAAGAAGGGAUGAAAAGGAGACUGCUUCAUCAUCUUUUAACUAUGGGCGUCCUUGUACUGCAGCAACCGAAGGAAAUAACAGACGAGGAAGAAUUCGCUGCUUUCUUGUUCACUCGUGUACUUGCCCCAGAUAUUGAAAAUGGCAUGAGAGCAAGCCCGAGUGUUUACAUCUGUGAAUUUAAGCGUGCGCUAGGAACUCCAACGCUGUUACAGUCUAAUAGAGGGACAAGCUUGUUGCGCUUAUUUUUGUGAAAGGGUUCUACAAAAGGAGGUGAGGAGCCAGUCGCUGCCAAUGACGAUAACAAAUGACCAAAAUCAGAUGAAAUGAGCCCGUACAAAGUGCGGCACCUGGAAUCACUAACAGCGCAGAGCUCUCGUUCAGCCACUAUAGAUUGUCGAGGUGCUCCGUAAACUGGGUGAUGCUCUAACGCGAGGUCACACUUGCAAUCGACGAUGGUCGUGUCUCCGCUCCUUCCGAAGCUCUUAAAUGAUGAGGGCUUUGCUUGUGAAUGGUAAAGCUGGGAAGAAUAAUCCCAGGCCGUUGUGAGUGGGGCGGCGCGGCAAUGUGCGCCGACGGCUCGCAAGCUGUAGGCCAGCGUCCUGUUCGGGCUCGUUGCGGGCGUUGGCACGUUCUGCCUCGCUCAGCUCUUCUAGCAUAUGAUGGGGCGAAUGACAUACCAUUGGGCGUUAGCUUUUUUCAGCUAGUACUGAAAGUGUUACUCAGACGGAGUUUUAUAGGUGAAUGUCGCAAGGCUAGAGUAUCAACAGCACCCUCCUCCUCGUCCUCGUUUUAGGCAACAGGUAGUCGACACUUGCAGAUCUUGCGAGGGCAACCACCCAGACAUAUGGUAGGUUCCCGCAUAUAAGCCAUUGAGCAAAUUAUCGACAUUUUCCAGAAAGUGGGUUUCAGUGCUGGAUAGGGGUGGAAUGCAAAAAAAAAGAAAAUGUGUACCGUGAUUUUGGUGCAUGCUAAAGGACCGAUGGUAAUCAAGAGCUUCCACUAAGCUGCACUUCACAGUUCGUUGCGCCAGUUUCGGAACGUUAAACCCACAUUCUAUGGGCUAUGGUAGGCUAUGGUAGGUACCGGUGGAACGUAAGGCGAAAAUAAAUAAAUAAAUAAAUAAAUAAAUAAAUAAAUAAAUAAAUAAAUAAAUAAAUGAAUAAAUAAAUAGAUAAAUAUUUUAGAGAUUACUUAGGCUCUGAACUUACGAAGCAAACAGCAGCAUUCUGCAACAUUGAAGAUCACCAUCAUGCUUUUGCUUACCCUGCUUUUUAGCUCGGAAAUGUGUUAUGCCGGGCUCUCCCAAAAAUCUGCCCCAUGUACGUACGUCACGCGAUCAUCAUCAUCACACAAAGCCGAGAGAUGGCAAUGCUUUGCCGAUCUGUGCCUACCUAAUGAUUAAGAAAGCAGGCAUAGCAAGCUUAGAAGGCUUUACUUCAUUAAAAGAAUUGUGCUCUUAAUGACUUACAUUUGUUGCAAUACGAACGUUUAGAUAUUAUUUCUUUUAUCACUGAAUAAUUUCGUACACAGCAUGGCCGGCAGAUGGACACCUAUAAAGGGUAGUAAAAAUAGCAGUGCUUGAAAGUGUCUUUCAGUCUAACUACGACAUCCUUGAUAUAACUGAAAGCUUGCUUGAUUUCCGCGUCACUUCUCGUAGUCCGCCUGCAGUAGGCGACGAGUCGCCGGUUGUGAACACGUGUUUUUGGUGUUCGUGUCCGAGUGAACCUCGGCGUGUGAUCUGUGCGCUCGAUCUUGCGGUUACUCUGUGGUUGUGCUACUAUGUGAACCGAGAGAGAGAGAGAGAGAGAGAGAGGGAGGGAGGGAGGGAGAGAGAGAGAGAGACAGAGAGAGAGGGCGUGUUUAUUGAAGUGUUGUGCGCACGCGCAAAGUACUGCCACAGCUGCCCGUGUUCUCCUUCCCGAAGGAAGCAAGCCGCCGUCACAAGUUCUUACGGGAAAUACUUGGAAGGAAUGCCACUCCGAUAGGUAAAGCACUAAUUAUUAAAAAAAAAGAUAAUGCUGCUGUCCGCGAACCACACCCUCGUCAGCAUUUCUCGGCAGUUUACGACUGCUUGACUGCAGCGUUCCAAAAUACGUUACUGAGAACUGCGCACUGUUUUUUGUCGAUUGUGGAAAGCGGUAUCACGGCCGCUCGAUGCAAAGCAAGGUGCUUUUGGAUCGAGCGGCCGUGGCGGUAUAAUGGCUUGAAGUAUAUACUUAUAGCUUGAGUUUAGCUGAACAAUGAACGCUAGGCUUUCAUCAGGGCGAAUAAACAAAAAUAUCGCCAGAAUGCUGAAGGCGUCACUUUAGUCAAUCUUGUACUCCCGACGUAAAAGGAGCAAUUUUUGCUAUUCCACUGCAGCGUAAUUUACGCAGACAAAACGAGUGUUCAUAAUUGACUCCGAGUAAUGUCGUGAUAUGUACCGCAAGCCAUGUUUCUCUGAACGAAAUUUCCGCGACUGCAGCAUAGAUGGUGAUAAAACGCCCGACUAAUAGUUGCAUGUUUUCUAAGGUAUAUGUGCUCGGAAUUUCAAGAAGUUCAUCAGCCGCAAGAUUCCACCCGAUGAUGAAUUUUCAGACGACUUCGAGUCACGUUUUGCUGCAGUGCGUUGACUUCUUAAGCAAUAAAUAAAAAUCCAGCCUUGUUGUUAGUCAACAACGGAGAUUAAAUGUUUACGUUAUUUCGCGCUUGUUAGGCGAAUUGCGCUCGGAAGUACACGCAGCCACGAUAAGAUUUACAGCUAUAGUCCUGUUCAAUUCAUAACGAGUAUUAGUCUAGUCUGUCCACGUAGAAAAGAAAAAGUAACAGCACGUAAAAAAGAGCAUGAUCGCACACGGCUCAAACAAGAAAGCCGCCGCGGAAUAUCGCUGACUGCGAGAAGCGUGCACUUUGGUGGUGACGUGACCGUCGGAGAGGGAGAGAAAAAAAACUUUAUUUUCAUGUUGGGUGAUGCGGUGGAAAGGUCCUCAGUACAGAGCCUCGCUUGUGGCAUUCUUUAGUGCAACACUGAUAAACGCCGCAAAGUACCAUUGAUCGUCGGCGCUAGUUGCUUCUGACAGCCAUCCGGCAUGGGGUUUAAGAGAAAGAUUUGUAGGGCAGGCAGAAGAGGUGGUGGUGGUCCACAGGACCAGAGGAUACGGGAUGUGUUCGGGCGUUCGCCACAGUAUUGGCAGGGUAGGGGGAUCUUCAGGUAAGAGGCCGUGGAGGAGGUGCAUUCGCGCUGGCGUAUGGAAUGUUUCAGUCUGGGCCUGACGAAUCAGUACACCGUGCUCAUGGAUGAGCUUUUGCUGAGCUUGGGGAACUUGCGUUUUGCCUCUUGAUAAGGCCGCAGAAGCAGGGGAGCCGACGUUUUCGUCUGGGCUGGUCGCGGAAUGUAGGGUGCCUGGUUCAAAGUCUCGCAGGCGAGCUGAUUAGCUCUUUCAUUUCCCGGCAGCCCGUCAUGACCAGGUAUCCAGAUGAUUUCUAAAGAACCCUGAAGGUGCUCUUAAAUAGGUGUCGAAAUGUCGGCCGGGAGAUCUUUGUGCAACAAUUUCCAUGGAGUAGGUAAACAUGAUUCUUGGGUAGGCUCAGAUACUAGGGGGCAUGUGUUUGGUCGCGAUUGCCAUGGUUGUCAGCUCCGCUAAGGUCGGAUCUGUCUCUGGGAGUGCCUCCGUAUGUACAGUUUGGAGGUCGUUAUUCACGACUGCUAUAGCGGAGCCCCGUGCACCAACGAUAGCAUCAGUGUAGAAGUAGAUGCCCUCAGGGUGUCUUGCGGUGUACCUCUUGAAGUAGGCAACUCGCUGGCAUCGCCUCUCCUGGCCUCGUUCUGGAUUCCUGUGGCGUGGCAGCGGAGCUAUGGUUAGGAGUUCGUGUUGUUUCGGGGGUAGUGGGCGCGUGUCCACAGUAGGCGCAGCUUCUGGAUGAUGACUGAUGCUAUGGAGGAUGUGUGUGCCUUAGCACAUCCGCUGCAAAUGUAGUUCUUGCUGACGACGAUGAAUGCUGACUAGUUCCGCCACCGUGUUAGGGCAACCGAUGUCAAGGAGGCGCUUAGUGCUGGCACUAAACGGAAUGCCGAUCGCCAGCUUUGUCGCCUUCCGGAUGAGCGCAUCAAGGUGAUUCAUAUCUUGCUGUCGGAGAUUGGUAUACGGCAGGUGAUAACGCAGGCUCGACAUAAUUGGUGCGUUUCGUAGUUGAAGCAUAUCCGCCUCCUUCACUCCAGUGAGCCACUGGAGACUCUACGCAUCAUGUGCAGCACCUGUUCUCCUUGCCUGAGCAGGUGCUGCACCGUCGCAGCGGGACCUCUAUCUUUCUGGAUAUGGAGAACGAGUAUCUUAAUACAUUUUGGUUGGGAAAUCGGCACGCCUUCGCUUACAAUUUGUAUGGCGGGCGGUCGCCAUGUUUUGUGAUAGAUCAGUAGCAACUCAGAUUUUUCUGGCACACAUCCUAGGCUAAUAGUUUGAGCGCCCUCAUGCACCCUGUUCAUAGCCUGUUGGAGAGUUUCUUGGAUGUGUCCUGGCGAACCCGUGUUGAUCCAGAUGGCGAUAUCAUCUGCGUAUAUCGCAUAUUUGAUGUCGCGGAUGUCUCGUAGCGCUCUAUGGACUGCGCACAUGGCAUGAUUAAAGAGUGUGGUCGAGAUCACUGAACCCUGCGUGAUACCUCUCUGCGGAUGGGGAUACCGUUGUGAGGUGAUGUCGCCUACUCGUAGCGUAUACGUGCGACUCCGUAAAAAGUCCCUGAUAUAAUUAUAAAGCUUGGUUCUACAGCCAGUAGCUUCGAGCUCUUGCAGCAUAGCAUCGUGGUUAGCAUAGUCAAAAGCUUUCUUGAGGUCGAUGGCAAGAAUAGCUUUAAGCUGAGCGCUGCAUGUUUCCUUCGUGAUUUCUUCCUGUAACUGCAGCAGAACGUGUUGAGCAGAUAAGUGAUGUCUGUAUCCAAUCAAAUUAUGGGGUAGGUGUUGGGAUUUCUCAAGGUGACCAAGAAGUCUGUUAACCACGAUACGCUCCAUCAGCUUACCGACGCAGGAUGUUAGCCAUAUUGGACGCACAUUCACUAUGGCCUGCCAGGCUUCGGAAUAAAAAUGAUGCUGGCUGUCUUCAAUUUUUCUGGCAAGCUUCCCGUGUCCCACGCAUUAUUAAUUUGCUGAAGUAAGAAUGCAUGAUCGGCUUCUGUAAGGUUGCGGAUCUGUGUUGUCUUAACUUGGUCUGAUCCUGGCGCUUUAUUCGGCUUUGCUUCUGCUAAGGCACGCUGUAAUUUCGCUAAUGUGAUUGGGCCGAUGGGACCCUCAGUUUCUGGCUCUGUGUUUUGUAGUCAGCAUACUGUGGUUGUGCUGGAUCCGCAAUGUUGAAUAGUUCGUCGGUAUGCUCAAAUGUUUCUAGCAGCUUCCGGAGCUUAUGGGACGUUUCUGUCUUUGUGUGGGUUGGGUCAAUGAGUUAUCGGAUGAGAUUCCACGUGGGGCUCAUAUUCCGUGCGUCGUUGAGCUUGUUGCACGUAUCGUACCACUGCUGCCGAGUCAGAUGUUCAGCGUAGUGGACGAUAGAACGAUCUGCUCGUUGAGCGUGCUGAUGCGUGAUCGUAGUUUGCGAUUGAGCUUAUUUCUUUUCCAUCUCUUGAUGAGGGCAUGUCGUGCCUCCCAGAGAUCAAGAAGAUGCUUGUCCGUACUUGGUUGCUCCCACUUCUCUAUUAUCUCCUUCGUGUGUGUCUGGAUUCGUUGCCUGACCAUCUCUACCCAAUCUCUCAGGUGCAUGUUUUGGAAGUCUCCUACAUGUGUCUUGCGUAACUCAUUCCAAUCCGUGAUGCAAUGCUUGCGCUGACGCUUUGGGAAUCCUCUGAUAUGCAGAAAUAUCUGUAUGACAGUGUGGUCACUCGUUAAGGUAUCGUGCGUGUUAACUCAUUACGCUGACAGUCGUCCUUUAAUGAAGGCCAGAGCGGGCGUGGUAUCUCUUUCUACGAAGUUUCCGUGCCGCGUUGGGGAGCCGGUCUCGCUAAGAAGAGUUAGCUGGGCUGACCGUCGGAGGAAACGAUUUCUUACGCCUGGGAGGCGCUGGUCUAACUAACCCAGUCGGCGUCUACAGGCAACGGCGUUUCCAAUGCGUGGCGCUGGCGCUUAUUCGAAGGUGACAACCGUCACCGCUCAGUGGUGCUGCUGCCUCGCUCAGCUUACCUUGCUCGCCGACGCAGUUGCACUGCCACAUGUGCUCCCAGUGUUUUAAUGAUACACGCCGCACUGUCGUGUUUUGAACAGUCGCGUUCACCCACUAACUCGGAACGUUUAGAGAGAGAUAAAAGAGCUGAGAAAGGCAGGGAGGUCAAGAAGCGAGUGGUUAUAGGGUUGUUGGUACAGGCGUAGGAAGGGGAGGAGGGUUUGGGGGCGAAUGAUAAUUACAUUAUCUACAGGAAGAACUUGAAAAAGAGCAAUAAUUGAAAUAGUGAAAUGAUAAUUAUAAAUUAUGCGAUACCAGAAGAAAACAAUGUGUUGCAUAGAUAAGCGAUUCCUGACUUUAUAUUUUUUAUGAUGUACGCAUAUUCCUCGUGCUUCGCCAUGCGUGUGGUGGAAUUAAAAAUAUAAGCGCAGA